GGGGGUGAGGUAUGCUCACAUCACAACAGAGCACACACAGACACACACACACACACACAAAACCAAUGAGGGUGCCAACAAGGGAGGAGGCAACAGAAGAAAUUGAAGAAACAAAAGGAGGGCCACAAAGACAGAAGUGGCAAUGACGACUGUCAUCCGUAGCCAGGUCGCUUAACGUGAGUAAAAAUUCAAAAACCACCCUUGAGGAUCCUCAUCAGUUGCUCAACAGGAUGUCUCAGAGGAGGAGAAGCUUCACAUUCGGAGCCUACGGAGGAUUGAACAAGAACGCCUCCAGGACGAGAACAUUCUUCUGGAAGCACGAUGGAAGGAUCCCUCGCAUCCCUGAUGAAGUAGAGCGCUCACUGCAAUAUUCCGCAUCACUGCUGCCUCUUCCCGCUAUCUCGCAGGGUUGCAGAAUGGACGAGCAGAGAUGCCCCCUCCCUCCGCCCCUCAAAACAGAAGAGGACUACAUCCCAUAUCCCAGUGUUCAUGAGGUUCUUGGUCGCAGAGGCCCGUUCCCGCUCAUCCUGCUUCCCCAGUUUGGAGGCUACUGGAUUGAGGGGACCAAUCACAAGCCUCGAGAGACACCGGAGGCGGAGCAACCUCCAUGCCCCGCCUCCUACGUUAAGCUCGAGACCAACAGCACCGCCAAGAUCUACAGGAAACAGUUCAUGGGCAAAGAGCAUUUUAAUUACUACACCAUGGACGCCGCUUUGGGCCACUUGGUCUUCUCAUUAAAGUACGACGUCAUCGGGGAUCAGGAGCAUCUGCGCUUGAUGCUGCGCUCUAGGCUAAGAACCUACCAUGAUGUCAUCCCAAUUUCCUGCCUGACAGAGUUCCCCAACGUGGUUCAGAUGGCCAAGCUUGUUUGUGAAGAAGUCAACGUUGAUCGGUUUUAUCCAGUUCUCUACCCAAAGGCAUCACGCCUCAUUGUCACCUUUGACGAGCACGUGAUCAACAACAAUUUCAAGUUUGGAGUCAUUUAUCAAAAGUUUGGUCAGACCACAGAGGAGGAAGUCUUUGGGAACAUGGUAGAAAGCCCGGCCUUUGCCGAGUUCUUGGAGUUCCUGGGGCAGAAGAUUGAGCUGCAUGACUUUAAAGGGUUUCGAGGAGGCCUGGACGUCACGCACGGCCAAACGGGGACGGAAUCGGUGUACACCAACUUCCACGGCAAGGAGAUCAUGUUCCACGUCUCCACCAAGCUGCCUUACACCGAGGGAGACUCCCAGCAGCUGCAGAGGAAGAGGCACAUAGGCAACGACAUCGUCGCCAUCGUGUUCCAGGAAGCGAACACGCCCUUCGUUCCCGACAUGAUCCAGUCCAACUUCCUCCACGCCUACGCGGUGGUCCAGGUGGAGGACGCGUGUACGGACAAUGUCACCUACAAGGUGUCAGUGACAGCGAGGGAUGACGUGCCCUUCUUUGGGCCGGCCCUGCCUGACCCGGCCAUCUUCAGAAAGGGCCUGGAGCUUCGCGAGUUCCUCUUCACCAAGCUCAUCAAUGCCGAGUACGCUUGCUAUAAGGCGGAGAAGUUUUCCAAGCUGGAGGAGCGCACACGUUCAGCCCUUUUGGAAACCCUGUACGAGGAGCUGCACAUCAACAGCCAGUCCAUGAUGGGCCUGGGCGGGGACGAAGACAAGCUGGAGAAUGGCAGCGGAGGAGGGGGAGGCUUCUUCGAGUCCUUCAAGCGGGUCAUCCGCAGCAGAAGCCAGUCAAUGGAUGCCAUGGGCCUCAGUAGCAAGAAGUCACACACAGUCUCCACUAGUCACAGUGGCAGCUUUACCCACAAUCUGGCCGAGAGCCCCAAAACACCCGGCAUUUCAUUGCUCGUCCCGGGGAAAAGUCCCAGUAAAUACGGCCGACGAGGCAGCGCCAUAGGGAUAGGAACAAUAGAAGAGUCCCUGAUCAUUCCCGGGAAAAGCCCCACCAGGAAGAAGUCCGGACCCUUCAGUUCCCGUCGGAGCAGCGCCAUCGGCAUCGAGAACAUCCAGGAGGUCCAAGAGAGGAGCCGCGAUGUGUCACCGUGCACCCAAAGGAUGUCCGACAGCGGCCUGCCCUCCCAGGAAAAUAGAUCCGACAACUCGUCCAAUCACAGUUCUCCUGAGUUUACCCCUGCCAAGAACAGCUUGGUCAUGUGUUGCAGGGCGCCGUCCAUCCCGGAGGCUCAGGACCUUUCCCGAUCAUCCUCCAACGCCAGCAGCUUCGCCAGCGUCGUGGAGGAGCACGAGGCUGACGACGAUUACGACACGGGACUGGAAAGUGUGUCGGCCACGACGCCGCACAAGAGGAACUCGCUGGACGAUGGAUCGCUCAGUAUGAGCCACGCAGGCGUCACAGCGUCUCGACUCCAGCAUCAAAGUGACGGGCCUAAGGGACCCGAGACGAAAGCGACAGAUGGGCGUGCCAGGUCGGAGCGCCCGCUUCUGGAGCACAAGUCCUGGAACUGUUAGCUACACGCCACUGAGUCGCCGCAUCCACGAUCAUGAUCAGCGUUUCUUGGAGAGGCACCACACGUCACAACCGAGCGACGGGUCGCGUCGCCUCCUCGACCGACCGUGGUCGACUUUGAGACGAGGUCCGUAAGAACUUUCCCGGAAGCGUUCCGUUGGGGUCCGCCAGCCGUCCCGGCAAGACGCCGAACGGAAGCUCCGAGGGCGUCGCGUCGGGUCCUCGUUCCUGCUCCCCGAAAAUCCUUUCAAGGCCGUGCAGCAUCGCCACUGUGUGUCAGUGAGCAACUUCAUCCUGGUUUGGAAGAUUUUUGGACUGAGAGAAACUGAAAGAUGGAUAUAUAUAUAUAUAUAUAUAUAUAUAUAUAUAUAUAUAUUUAGCCGAGUGUUUGGUCUGUUGACCUGCAGAGCGUUAGUGUGACUCCUGUGCUUUACAUUCUUUCGAGCAAACAACAGCAUUUGUCACGUUCCUUCGGGAUUGGGGCCACUUGGUUCAACGACACCACAAGCAUUUAAUAAAACUCAAUGUCCAUAAAAAAAAAAAAAAGUACACUCCACUGAUAGUACAAUGGCAGUAAAAAACAAAAAGUCAUAAUUACUGUGGUGCCUCGACCAGCUACGAAGCAUUUUCAAGCGUUUGUGUUUGUUUGUGUGAGUGCUACUGUGCAUGGUGUCAACCUGCUUGACUAAAAAAACAAAACGGUGCCACGUCGGUUGUACCUGUGAUUCCCGUUUUAUUCAUCUCCGCGUGCAGUGUACAUUACGGAUCGCGCACAUUUAUUUUACUCCGUGUCAAAUAUUACUGCAGGAUGCUUUAUGGAAAGCCGUUUGAGCAUGUAAUCGAAUAGCCUACUAGUGCACUCAAUUGUCAAUGUACUAGCACCCUCUUUAUCCUCACUAGUAAGACAAUUCAGCACACUUAGAGCGACUAUGCCGUACUAGCGAAAAAAUUUUCCACGACUGUAAAACAUUUCUGUGCACUAGUAGAAUGACAAUAUGUUAAUAGUGAGGCAAAACUGCACGAGUCGAACUCUGCGUGUAGUAGCACAUAGUUGUUGACUAGUGCAGUUUGUCCUUACUAGUAACGUAGUUGUUCAACUAGUUGACAUCUGCGCACUACUAGUACUACAAAUUAAGUGGUAGAUGUAAAGUAAAAUUUUAUAAGCACAAGUAUUACUAGUAACACACAGUUGUCAACUCGUGCAGUUUUGCCUCACCGGUAACGUACUUGUUCAUGUAGUUCUGCACACUACUAGUACUAGUGAAGCGCUAGAUAUAAACUAGUAUAAUUAGACAUCACGAGUAGUAUUAAUAGCACACAGUUGACAAGUGUAGUUUUGCCUCAUUAGUAACGUGUAGUUCUACAUGUUGACAUCUGUGUGCUACGACUACUGUACUACAGCACGAGAUAUUAACUAGUAUUUUUUUUUUUUGUCACCAGCAGUACUAGUAACACGCAGUUGUCAACGAGUGCAGUUUUCCCUGAAGAACAUGUAGUUGAACUAGUUGACAUCAGUGCACUGGUCGAAAGGGCUUUCCAUACACAAUCCUCAGUUUGUGGGUCAAGCAGAAUUUUGGGAACGACAUUGUGACUCGUCUUGAGGUUGCCUUUGCAAAUGAUUGUCUUUACAGAGGUUCCUGAAUGUAACACACGCGGCACACCAUGCUUUGUUUCGGUUUGCUUAUCUACGUUCCCCAAUUGGGGGAGACAAAUGCAGAGGGGAAGGGGGGGGAAAAAACUAAUGACUCGAAUCCAAAUGUUUUAUUUGACUUGAACAGAACCUGCUGAAUUGAAGCAUAGAUGGCUUGCGACCCCUUGUGGCUCAAAGAAAUGGCACAACCAUGCGUCUUUUUCCAUUUUAUUAUUUUUUUUUAAUCAGUGGUCGAUCCAACAAGUGCGCUCUGAUUUGAAAUGAUUGUAUUUCUGUUUGUCUGCUUGUGAAAAAGACUCGCUUGUACAUACAGUAUUGCUUUGCAUCCUCAUUGUAAAUAAAGACAACAGAGAUGUUUAAUGACGUGAAAAGCCCAUCGCGGUGAUGCUUCCCAGUCCCAGGAUGCUCGACUCACAAGUCCAGGUCCCACCACUUGAACUCGAACGCUUCCCUGCGCACGUUGGAGCCGCAGUGGACC